AUUCUCUCCUUCGCAACGGUCCCUCUUCUCUUCUUCCCACGCUUGCUAGGGCACGAAUUCGACGAACCACCAUCCCAGCUCUGAGUUCCUCUUCUCUUGUUCGCACGCCAGACACUGGAUCGAUUGCAGGAGAGUGAAAAUAUGGUGGGGGAUAAUGAGGUUAUUGAAGUUGGGAAUAAUGACAGUUCAGAUGAUAACAUUGAAGGUCCAACAGACAUUGUGGCCGAUGUAUCAGAGGUACCAAUGACUGGAAUGUUGUUUCCAAGUGCAGAUGAAAUGUUCGAAUUUUACAAGAACUAUGGACAACAUAAGGGAUUUUCUGUCAAGCGAAGAACAACGAAUAAGGGCAAAGAUGGGGUUGUCAGAUAUAUAACUUUUACUUGUGGAAGAUCAGAUAAGCUAAUUAGCCGGUCGAAGAAUGUUUUAAGUCAUCGUCCGCAUUCGAAGAAUGAAUGUAAGGCUAGGCUAAGAGCUCGUCUAUCUGCAGGUGAAAAGUGGGAAAUUACCAUGUUUCAGGACGACCACAACCACGUAUUGAUUCCCAAUAAAUCAAGAUUUUUUUAUGGUAAUCGGUAUAGUAGCUCACAUGUGAAGAGACAACUUGAGAUAGAUGACACAACAGAGAUUAGAUCAAAUAAAAGUCAUAAUGCACAAGUGAUUGGAGCCAAUGGGCAUGGGAAUUUACCUUUUUUGGAAAAGGAUACUCAAAACCUUAUUGCGAAAGUUAGGCGUAUGCGACUUGGUGAAGGGGAUGCUGAUGCGAUUCAGAGUUAUUUUCUAAAGAUGCAGUCUCAAAAUGAAAGUUUUUUUUCGAUGAUUGAUUGGGAUGAGAAGGGAUGCCUAAAAAAUAUUUUUUGGGCAGAUCCACGGAGUAGGGCAGCUUAUCGAGAAUUUGGCGAUGUUAUUACUUUUGAUACAACAUAUCUCACUAGUAAAUAUGACAUGCCAUUUGCUCCUUUUGUUGGUAUUAAUCACCACGGUCAAUCAAUACUGUUUGGAUGCGGGCUCAUUUCCAAUAAAGACACAGAGACCUUCAUUUGGUUAUUUAGAACUUGGCUUGCGUGUAUGUCUGGUGUUGCUCCUAGUGGAAUCAUCACGGACCAAGACAGAGCUUUGAAGAAUGCAAUUGCAGUUGUGUUUCCUGGAAGUAUGCAUCGGUUGUGUUUAUGGUCUAUGUUGAAGAAGGUGCCUGAAAAGCUGUGUUCCUACAAACAAUAUGAACCCAUAUCUUAUGCAUUCAAAAAUGUUGUAUAUGAUUCACAAAGCAUAGUUGAGUUUGAAGAUGGUUAGAAGAUGAUGAUUCAAAAAUAUCAAUUGGAAGAAAAUGUUUGGUUGACCUCAUUGUAUGAGGAGAGAGAUAUGUGGGUUCCAAUAUUUGUGAAAAAAUACUUUUGGGCUGGAAUGUCUACAACCCAAAGAAGUGAGAGCAUGCACGCAUUUUUUGAUGGAUAUGUCAACUCCAAGACAACUUUGAAACAAUUUGUGGAGCAAUAUGAUAAUGCAUUGAGGAACAACGUGGAGAAGGAAUAUCAAGCUGAUUUCGACUCCUUUCACAAGCAAGUUCCAUGUGCAACUUUUUAUGAAAUGGAGAAACAAAUUCAAAGUUUGUACACUACGGCAAAGUUUAAGGAGUUUCAAACUGAGUUGACUGGAAUGAUGUAUUGCGGGAUCAAAUCAGUUGCGAAGAGUGCGAAUGUUUCACAAUAUGUUCUAGAUGAAGAUGUUGUCUUUGGAGAGGAUGGAAUGAAAAAAGUAGCCUUCAAUGUAUACUUCGAUGACUGCAGUUCUGAAGUAAGGUGUACUUGUUUUAGGUUUGAGUUUAGAGGCAUCCUGUGCAGACAUGCAAUCACCGUGUUAAUCCGUAAUGGUCAGUCUCUACUUCCAUCUCAUUAUGUUUUCAGGCGAUGGAGAAAAGAUGUGAGGAGAUGUCAUACUCGGGUAAAAAUCAAUUAUGAGGGGUGGAUCAUCACAAGUGAACAACGACGAUACGAUAAUCUGUGUAACUUAUUCACAAAAGUGGCAGACUUGGCAGCAGAUAAUGAUGAUAAUUAUGGUAGUGUCAUGAAAUGGAUUGAAGAUGCUGUAAAGAAUAUGUCAACAAACCGAGUUAUUGGUUCUAGCUCCACCACCAACAUCUUCUCCAAUGAGCUGAAGUAACACCAACACAAGAUGUUGAUACAAAUCUGGACUCAAGUCAAUUGGACUACCAAAUUGAGGACACAUCCAACACCAUUGAUGUAACUCAAGGUACGUAUUGGAAGCAUUGGUGCUUCAAAUCAAGCCAUGGGAGGUGGUUUUAUAAACUUAUUUUUGGGUGUCUCACAGGCUGCUCUUAGCUUGGGGGAUGAAAUCGUUAGUGAUGCCCGAUGUACUGCUGAAAGUUCAGGACGUCGUAGAAUUCAUGAAAUACGCCGGAUGCUGCUUCUUUAUAGCCGGAUGUUUAUUUGAUGUAUUGUUAAGGAUAUUUCUGUUGCUUCUUUGAUGGCAAUGGGUUUUAUUUUUUUUUUGGCUUGAAGGGUUUCCUCACACUUAAUGUCUUGUUAAAGCAAUGUGCAAGAUCAUAUGAUACAUCAUGGUUUCUUGUGUC